AUGUCACAAGACAAGCCUGGAGGAGAGACGACUCCUCCUUCAAGUCCCGUCCCUCCCAGCAGCAGCCGCAUCAUCCAUAACCUGGCCCUUGCUGGAGCAGUCAUCACGCCUCUCGCCAUGCUGCUGCCGCCCCGAAAGGUCGACGUACGGUUCUUCGUGCUCGCCGGAACCCUGUCCCUUGCCACCAACCGGCUCGCUUACGAUUACACGGGCCAAUCCAUCUAUCAACGGUUCGGCAGCAGAGUUGGCGCCGUGUUGGACCCAAACUUGCCCGAGGGCGCGAGACGGACGCAACGGCUCCUGAGGGAGCAGAGAGAGCGAGAAGCGGCUGCCGGGAAGCAAGGACAACCAGGGGGCGAUAAGAACAAGACGGCUGGAUUGGUCAAGGAUAUCUGGAUGGGGGGCGAGGCGCAGGAUUGGUCCGAGAGGAGAGCCGAAGAGCACCGAAGAAGCAUGGAAGAAGGUAAGGGGUUGAGCGGCAUCAUAAUGGAGCAGAUUGCAGACGUAUGGAACGGCCGCUACGGGAACAAGGGCACCAAAGAUGGGGGCUCCGACUCUACGCAGUCUCCGAGUGCCGUUGCCGCAUCGAGUGCCGCAUCGGACAAGAAGUGA